CUCGCUCGUCUUCCAGCUCGUUCAACACGACGUCCACGCCGUGACUCGCCGCGUAAAUAGGAGAAUGCCCAAGGGCCCUGUUGUAGGACCCUCACAAAUACCCAGCAAACAGGUCCAAUUGUUAGAGAACAAGGUAAACAAGUUACGAUGGGUCAACGAUGACCUCAACAAGAAGGCAUUCGAAGCACAGCAGCGAGGGCUUCGCCUUGCAGAGAAGCUUGGUUUCGGGACUCUCGAGGAGGCGGAAGCUGCCCUUGCCACCCAGGCCGCGGAAGGACAAAGUCAGCUCUGCCAGUACCCCUCCGACGAACUCGCGUCGCAUGUUCAGGCUCUGCAGUCUGAACUCAUCAACCAUGUUAAUCUGGGCAAGACCACACUGGGCGCGUUGAACGAUGCACUAGAGGAGCUCUCGGCGUGGAAAGAGGAGAACGCUGCUCUGAGGGCUGAACUGGAGAGGGUGUCUGCUGAGCGGAACUCGGACGAUGCGGCGAACCCCUCGGACGCCAUAGAGGUCGACUACCUGCGCGAAGAGCUCGCUACGCUCCAGAAGCAGUACACCGACCUGCAAGAAGCGAAGGCGCGGAGCGACGAGAAGCACGCGGAAGACUUUGGACGUUGGCGGCGGUUCAAGGAGUGGCUCGUGGAGGAAGAACUGCGGCAGAAGGAGAAGCAUGAACGCGCCGCGAAACGCAGGAAGCUGAGCCCGCGCGGCGAGGAUGAUGAGAAGGAGAAUGAGGGUAGUCUCAGUCCUGAUCGCCUUUCGGCGGGGGAGCUCGAGAAGAAGUAUGGAAACAUCAAGCGCCGAUUGCAAGAGAUUGGCCCUCGGUUGGGGUCAGACACUCCGACACGGGUUCGGACUCCUGCGCCGAAGAGGUCCAAGAGGAAGCCAUCUGUCUUGAGUUCUCGAAACCUCAACUCUCGCUCUAUCCCUCCGCCUCCCCCCACUGCUAUCGCUUCAUCGUCCAAGUUAGCAGAGACGCCUGCCCGCCCGCAGAACCUCAAGCGCGAUUCUCCGAGUAGCGUUGUCAUCCCUGACGAUGACGUCCAUCCCUCAUCCGAGACAGAAUUCGAGUCACAACCGGUGGCGUACCUCUUCCCAUCCCGGAUCGACGUCACUGCGGUAUCUUCGACGAUCCCUCAGAAGCGGCCUCGGUCUCCCGUACACGACGAAGACUCGUCCGAGACAGAGCUCGAGUCGCAAGCUCCGAGCUACUUGUUCCCGUCUCAAAUGGCCCCAGAGCUAUCUGCCCGAAUAUCAGACAUGACUCCGAAGACGCGUCCUACUGUGCAGCAGGCCGUACAAUUGUUCACACCGGUGUCCGUAGUGCGCCCUCAGAAGGGCCUCAAAGGGAAGGGGAAAGGGAAGGGAAGGUCGUCCUCUGAGAACAGGCCGCCGCCCUCUUCCUCAACUGCGUCAGAUCCGUUUCAUCCGCCCCUUCCGCCUGCUGAACAAGAGGACAUCAAACCGGUGCUACCCGAGACUCCAGUCUCUCUUGGGCCAAGGAAGGCUCAAGAACGUGUCGUUGCGGAAGGCAGGAAGACCGAGCCCAACGACGAGAACGCUGCUCCGAGUACGAGCGAUGGCAAGAAGCGCCUCAAUGACUACUCCGCGUUCAAGGGUCGAGGUCGUUACGGGGAAGAACAGCGCGCUGGCAACCAGGAGACGACGAUCAACGCGCUAUAUGCGCUCGACCCAGCGAACAACGGCGGCAACGACUUCCAGUACGAGGAAGUCGUGCGCGACAAGCAGAAGCGCAAACACAUGCACGCGGGCGACUGCGAGUGCUGCCGCGACUAUUACGACGCCGUCGGUCCGCUCCCGCCGCGCGCCCAAGCCCCUCUGUGGCGCUCGCCCGACUCCACGCCCUCGAAGCCACCGCGCGGCGACUCCUUCGGGGAUGCGGGCGCCGCUGCCGCGAUCGAGGAGCACAAGCAGGCGAUCUCGCGGCACCGGCAGCACUGGCCGCGCGCGAAGACGCCGCCGGGCUACUGGAACAUCGGCUUCCCGGACACGCAGGAGGUCGCGGCGAUGAACGCGGAGGCGGCGAGGAUGCACGCGCAGAAGCGCAACAUGGUCGCGCAGGAGGCAGACAGGCGGGGCGGGCGGUUCAAACGGCGGUGAUGCUGGGACGAGGUCUCUGCGUGGAUUUAUAUCACAUCAUUAUGUUUCGGUUUCACUUUAUGCUUCAUGGAGUAUGUUACCGUUGCUCAUCUAUACCUGCGCCGAGCGAGGGAACUCAGCGACGUAGACCUUUCAUACCUAGAACGUGUACGAAGUGAACGCGCGAUCGUAGACCAUUGGC